ACAAACACACCACAAAGCAAAAGAAGCAUACAAAGAAAAGGUUAACUUCUCACGCAAGCAAGCAUGGCACUGAUGAAGAAGAGUCUCUUUGCUCUUCUCCUCUCAUCACCAAUUCUGAUCAUAUGUCUUAUCGCAUUGCUGGCUUGUCCGGUUUCAGUAGGAGCUCGCCGGUUAGUGGAGGAGGCUCCUAAACCGGAGAUGCCAAAACUGCCUGAACUUCCUCACCCGGAGCUACCCAAGUUUGAAGUUCCCAAGUUGCCUGAGCUCCCUAAACCAGAGAUGCCCAAGUUACCUGAGUUCCCAAAGCCUGAGUUGCCUAAGUUCCCGGAGAUUCCAAAACCCGAAUUGCCAAAGAUGCCAGAGGUUCCUAAGCCUGAGAUGCCUAAGUUGAUGGAGACUCCAAAGCCUGAGGCUCCUAAGUUGCCGGAGGUUCCAAAGCCUGAGCUACCAAAGGUACCGGAGAUCCCAAAGCCCGAGCUGCCAAAGGUGCCAGAGAUUCCAAAGCCGGAGGUACCAAAGGUGCCAGAGAUUCCUAAGCCUGAGUUACCAAAGAUGCCAGAGAUUCAGAAGCCGGAGCUACCAAAGGUGCCGGAGAUUCCAAAACCUGAGCUGCCAAAGGUCCCGGAGAUUGCAAAGCCUGAGCUGCCUAAAGUGCCGGAGCUACCAAAGAUGCCGGAGGUUCCUAAGCCUGAGGCUCCUAAAUUGCCAGAGAUUCAGAAGCCGGAGCUACCAAAAAUGCCGGAGAUUCCUAAGCCUGAAUUGCCAAAGAUGCCGGAAAUUCAGAAGCCUGAGUUGCCAAAGAUGCCGGAGGUUCCUAAGUUGCCAGAGAUUCAGAAACCAGAACUGCCAACCGUUCCAGAGGUUCCAAAAGUUCCAGAGAUUCCAAAACCAGAGCUACCAAAGAUGCCUGAAGUUCCCAAGUUGCCUGAACUCCCAAAGCCGGAGAUUCCAGAUGAGCCUGAGUUGCCCUUGCCGGAGGAGCCGGAGAUUCCAAAAGAGCCCGAGGUUCCUGAGGAGCCAGAAGAGCCUGAGGUUCCCGAGGAGCCAGAAGAGCCUAAAUUUGAAUUUCCGUCAUGGAUCCCAAGCUUUCCAUUUCCCGGUGCUGGCGGCGGUUCUCUGGAGACUGAAAAGACAAAAUCUACUUCAACGGCUGAAGAGGUUAAUGUGAAAGGCACGAGUGUUUCUGAGGAAAAUUUGAGUGCUUCGAACAAGAAUCCAUAGAUGAAUGGUCAAAGAACGUUAAAAGAGCAUCUAUUAUAGUGAAUGCUCUUGCAUGAUAUAUUAAUGAUAAUAUAAAGUAUAUGUUUAAUAAUAGUUUGGCUUGUAUCUAAUAUUAAAGUCAAGAAAGAUCAUCUAUAGAAUCCAUAGUUAUGAACUACAGUUUCAUUUCAUGUAUAUGGUCUCUAGCUCUUCAAGAAUAUGUUCAUGUAUAUGGUUUCAUUUCA